AUGAUAAGGAAUUUAAUAAGAAAAGCACACACCUGUAAUGACAUUCUAGAGAACUUUUCACCGCUUUCGUCAGAGACUGACAGAGUUUACAAGAUUUUUACUAAUGCAGUCAAUGGGCUUUUAUAUCCAGAAAAUGGGGAGUAUCUCAGUACAUUUGGGGAAUGCUCAUCAUAUUAUGCACUUCAAGGAAUCAAAAAGAGGAUGCAAGCCCAUCCUGUAGGAGCCAAAAUUCUCCAAGAGAAGCCUAGAAUAAGAACUCCUUAUGUAGACUUCAAUAAACUUCGGGCAUUAUCUCCUAAUACAUUUGGAAAACAGUAUAUCGACCAUAUGGACUCCUUAAAUUUAGUCCCUGAUGAAAGGCCACUAGUAAAGCACAUUGGAGACCUAGAUUUAGCCUAUAUUUUUCAAAGAUACAAAGAAAUCCACGAUUUUUUGCAUUUAUUACUAAGUAAAGAAAUCAGCGUAUAUGAAGAAAUAGAGGUAAAAAUUUAUGAGUUCCAGCAGCUAGAACUCGCCUCUACUGCACUUGCCUCUUUGGUUGGGCCUCUUAGGCUGUCAUUGUGGGAAAAGAUUGAGUUGCUUACUCCCUCUCUCUAGCAAAAAAAACCAUUGAAAAAUCCUUAUUUUUCCCCAAAAAAAAUUUUGAUAUAUAAGUGAUAAUUACUACAUUGAAUCUCUAGGAAAUUUGUUUAACUUUAAAUAGCUUGCAUUUUAAAACAUAAAUUUUACAAAUUAAAUUAAUAUAUUGCUUUCCAAUUAUAAUUUUUUUAAAAAAUGAACUCCCCUCAUAAACGAACAGAAUUUUUUUUGUUCACUCGAGGGGAGUUAGAAACGGAGCCCCAAAAAUGAUUUCCCUUGCAAAUAAAGGCAAAUUCUGCAUGAAUGUACACUAUGAAGCUCAUUUCGAACAAGACAUGGAGGAGUUCAAGAAGUGGUUUUUCAGUCCUUAA